AUCCCAGACCAGGGUCAAACAGCUCUGCGCUGCGCCGUCCCGUCAUCAUCGUCUUCCAACCCACCUCCAACUUCCAGGUUCCUUCGAUCUUUUUCAGCGACCAGCAGACAGCCACCUGCAACCAACCUACCCCAGCUCACCAAAGUCGACGACGCUCUCUUUGCACUUACAUCCAUCUACCCUACACGUACGGCUACAGCGUCCUUCCCCAUGACAGCAAUUAUUCCCACGAGGUAGCCAGCGCACGCUCGCGCGUAGGCCCCAACACCAUUUGCUGCCAGCCAUGUUUGGCUCGUCGCGAAGGCAUCGGCAGCCCAAUCCGCCACUUACCUCGGCGACUGCCAACCCCAACGCCGCCACUGCGGCUGCUACAGUCUUCAGGCGCCAUGCAUCCAGCCCUUCCUUAUCGGCUGCCGCUGCCGCAGCAGCACUCCGUGCGCGACCUAUGACGCCGACCCGCGUCGCAGAUGUCGAGACGAAGCGCACCCUAAGACGCAGCGCAUCCAUCGCGUCGAUAACUACCACGUCUGACACAGGUAGAAGACCGACCUUGCGCCGACGCGACAGCAGCAGCUCCAUGACAGAGAGAACUUUUCGGAGCCCCAGCCCUCAUCGCCCUGCAAGCAGCGGAUCCGGGCAUCGCCAAUCACACUCGCUUGGCUACCUUGCAUCGGACGACAUGCCGCCGGUCCCGGCACUUCCCAAAGACUUUCAAGACGCUUACAGACAGCGCCCCACGUCCAUGCAACAGGAACCGCCGCAUCGCAAAACUAAUAACUUGGCCGUGGGCGCGCCUUUGCGUCUAGCUUCCGAGACCCUUGCCGCCGACGAUGCGCCAUCUUGGUUCGGCGCCGCAAAACUAGGCGAUCCUAGCAAUGUCCGCAGGACGGAUCCUGCGAUGGCGAGCCCGCCUUCAAGCCCGCCCCAGCAGCCCCUCGCGGAGCAGCUUGCCGAGGCCGCCCGGUCAAGCAGUGUAGCUUCAUCUAUCAACUUUUCGUAUCCAGCGCGGACAAGAGUUGGCUCUCCGCCCGUCUCACCGACUGAGAAUCCCGAUUCGGCCAGCUCACUAACCCCCACCAACCAAUAUCCACAGACCGCCGAUAACCACCAUAAGGCAGACAACAUGCAACGGCCGAGGCAGCAGUCCCAAAGACAUGAACAGUCAGCCUCAAGCACGCGCUCCGUCUCGUCUUCCUCUCCGGCAUUGGUUUAUGAUCCUAAUUCUCGGAGAAUGGUUCGGCAAGCCGACUUGGAGGCGGUUGAGCACGCCGUCUUGGAGGCCUCCCAGCGACCUACAACCUCCAAGAUUAACAAGCGCACGUCGCGGGGGUCUGGCCUACAUCUCUCCGAGGGCACAAUAGGUCGUACUAGAGGCACGGCUGCAAGGACCAGCGAAGACGAGAGAAGCCGCACCGCAGGCGCGACCAUGCGAAUUCAGCCCGCGGUCUCACCAGUGACGCCAACAACUCUGGUUGCCGUUGCUGUCCCGAGAGAUUUAGAGCAGCCGGCUACGAAAAGGCAGCCCUUGAUAACCAAUGAAGGAACGCGGCCGUCAGACCAGGGAUCUACAAACCCUCAACGAAUCCCUGAAGCAGAUGCGGAGACUCGGCCAGACGCCGGAGUUGUGCACAGAACGAGCGCCCCCUCGAGCGCCCCGUCCGCUACUCUUAGUGAAAUAGCGCAGCCCGUUGAUCCCGUCCAGAGGGAAGUAUCAAGGGCUACGGAUGUCGGGUCCUCGAUACCGCAAAAAAUGGCGUAUGAACGAGCCCACUCGAACAGCCCUGUGCGACAAGCUCAUUUUGGCCCUGUUCAAAAUACUCUAACCGUCAAGCACUCCCCGCCUCCUCGGUCAAUAUCGCCCCGUAAAUCUGCUUUGAAAUGGAAUAGCCCAUCAAGAGGCGCAUCACCCUCGGACGAUACAUCUGAGUCAUCGACUAUUAUCACUCAGCGCGAUGAACAACCCGUGUCACGGAGAAAGUCGGUUCGUGUGAGCUUUGACGACGCUAAUACCCAGGUCGUGGGCGAAUCGGCUUCGACGAAUCAAAGUGAUUCGCCAUUGUUAGCCUCACCUCAGAAUGCGUCUACUCGUCGUCCAUGGCUCGGGAUUGGACGCGCUAAGAAAGAACUCCCUUCUCUUGAUGACGACGAGCUCAUGAAACCCAGGCCUGCCCUGCCCAGCUUUGGCAGUAUCAGGGAGCGGAAACCCAGAGAGCUUGCUUCAGACGAGGAUGAACGGCCACUAGUUCGGCCCAUAGCAGACUCGGGGCAUAGCCCGUCGCUGCCUGCUAGCCCUACCAUUCAACCAAGUGUUCCGACGGUAACCGAGGGUUCCAGCUCGGGCGUGGCGCCUUUGGGCCUAAGCAGUGAUCACGCAGUUGGUGCAAUACUAUCGCAGGAGCAGGAACACGCAAGACACGCGGCCAACAUUUCCAAGUUUAGAGAACCACUGCCCCCUGUUGUUACCAGCGUCGAAGGAAGUGGCUAUCUCAGCGACAGCUCGAGCACUUCGGCUGAGGAACUAGCAACCGCGCUAGAAGUUCCCGGGGAGUCCGAACCUCAGUUUGUGGCAGCAACUGACCCUAAGCUCGCUUCGUCUAAGCCUCCGCACACGAAUGGCAUAGCUGUCACUAAUAACACAGCCCAUAUCCAGGCCACUCAAGCCAGCGAUGAGUCUGGCGAACCAAGCAUUCCAACUAUUUCAAUAUCGCAACCCACCCCUUCUAUAGUUGAGGACGAGAGACGUGGCUCCUACAUUUAUGAUGUUCCUGGCGGGUUUCCAGACGAUGAAUCAGAGCCAUCAAUCACAGACGCGAAUAGAAACGCUGCACCCCCGCAAGAGAAAGCCGAACCUAGUGCCAUCACGAAGACACCCGAUGAAGAGAGAUCAGAGCACACAUCACCCGAAGCACAACCAACAGCUUCAUUGACUGUGGACGCCGAGAGCGAUACUGAAAGCAGCAUUUACAGCGACGCCUACGAGGAUCUCUCUGAUGUUGAGGGAGACGGCUUUCUAUCACUUGACGCUGUGGUAGAGAGUCCUCUAAGGCCUAAUACUUCAAAGACUAUUUUCAAUCAAGAAGCUCCCCGUGAGGUCACCGUCGAACCCACCCCACAAGAUGUCACAGUCCCUGAAGCGGCGGCAUCUGUUCCCACACCUGUCGUAGAAGAUCAGAAACAGAAGCCCCUGGAAGAUGACUGGGAGAAAGCUAAGGCGUAUUGGAGGAGUCUUAGUGCGGACAAGCGAGCUCAGCUUGAAAAAGAGGCACAAGAGGACGCUGGUGUAGAAGCAGACUUUGAAGAGGCGAGAAGGCCUGUGGAGAAGCCCCGGAAAAAGAAGUCGAUUGAACGUAGGAAUUCGGAACGGAAAGCCUUGGCCGUCAUUAUGGCACAACAGAUGAUGGCCCAGCAACAAAAAGAGAAGCCGGCAAAUCCCGAGCGUACAUACAUGAUUGAGCCUGGCACCCGGUGGAGCGAGCCUGAGAGCGAUAUUCCAAUCGUGCGGACAACACUACGUGGAGAGUCCGAGAGCGAGACUCCAAUGAUGCGCAGGACUCUACGGAGAGAGCCCCAACCGCAGCCAAGGUCUGCCAACACAAGUCAUGGUACUGGAAUGCGCAAGUCGAUGCGGUCCGAUUCAAGCACGAAGAGCACUGGGCCUCCGGCUCCCAUGCCUAGACCUCUGGACCAAAGAUCAAGCCGUCCGACGUCGCUCUCCUCUCCGAUUCCGACACCUAUAAGCACGGGAGGACAGCGCCAGGUAGUGUCAAAGUCGCCAUCAGAACCUGGUUCAGGAAAGUCUAGCCUUAUUCCAUCACCUCUCAAACGGCGUGAUUCUACUGGAAGCGAGAGCAGCUUUAAGCGUUCUCGUCCAGUAUUAUCUGGGCAAGGCUUCAGCUUGCGCAAGUCGAUGCGACAAUCUUCCCCACCGCCUGUGCAGACUGGAAGUCGCUCAGCCAAGAGGUUCUCGCUGAGGAGCACGUCACCGGGUUCUCCGACGACCAGCGCGGUUUCAAGCCCGCAAAUGCGACAGACGCUGCGCGACUCGUCAAACGAGAGGAGAAGUCCCACUGGGAUGCGCAUGCCUUCUUUCAGUCUCUCAUCAGGCGGAAAGAAGAGUGGCGGAAAGCGAGCCUCGAAGUCCAAGUCUUCCGGUUCUCGGUUUUCGAGUCGGUUCGCCGAUUCGAGCGACGAGGAUGGCGGAGACAAUGGUGGUUUCCAUAGCCGGUUCGAGGAGUCGAGCGACGAAGACAAGCCCAUAAAUCUAAUAGUUCUAUCAUCCCCGAAGCUUUCUCCCGGACACUUGAGGAACCAGGACUCCAUCGCCAGCACAGCUUUGCCCGAGGAGCUCGAGGAAUCAGAGGAAGCCAACGGUCACAGUAAUCAGAAACUACCGGGGCAGAACAAUGCCAGUCUCCCUCCUAGCCAACCAAGACGCUCAGCAGAAGCAACCCUCCAGCCGGUAAGAUCCGGUCGCCCAGAGCUCCCUGCUUCAAACACAGCACCAGCUCUAGCAACGACAGAUUCGUUCAUUGGAGAUCGCCGUCAGUCAACUGCUUCUCCUCGCAACAGCUUCAUGUCGGUCCUUCGCCGCAAGAAGCGUGACUCGUCGAGCAAGAUAACUCGUGGUGAAAUCACAGAAAGCGCGGCUCGGCGCGAUACCAAGCUCGAACGCAACCUAACUCAGCUUCGCGGCAUUAGAACUGCCGACGAGGACGUUGUCGAACCUUCGCGCAGUCCGAAACUGCAAAAGAAAGUUGAACACGAGGCAAUUGGCGCGCCACUCAUGCGCCCACAGACGUCUGGCAAUCUUGGCACGAGAACGAUGAGUGGGAACUCCCCCGUACCGGAUCUGCCGCAGCAGCGGCCCAAUUUCCUGCGGCAUUCUGUCUCUGCGGGAGUGGUCAGUCUGGACAACGCGGGUACGAAGAAGAAGAGGUUUGGUACCUUGAGGAAGAUGUUUGGCUUGCACGACUGAGGUGGUAUAGACGCCACGAGUGGUUUUGGAGACAACAAAAAACUACUUCUUUUGUAACUUUUAUGCUCUCCUUGCACUGUUUCUGUCGGAUAUGCAUGCAAAUGGGUGCUUCUGCGGUGGCAUCAACAUGGAGCCGAAAACACCAAUCCAAGGGAGACGGGCAGAUAAUGCCGUGGACUGCUCAACCUGCCUAGUAUACCCUCACACACGCUUAAUGUUGGGGGAACUUUUUUCUUUUAUCCUAGAUAUAUCUCUAUAU